UCGGUAAACGUGCCACGAUAUAAAUAUUCAAGAUGGGUCCCUACAUUCUGCCUCUGGCGGUCCCCGCUCUUGAACAUAUCCAGGAAUUGAGCUCACUCGUACCCAUUAGAAGGAGACGAUUCCAUCCUUACAGUGAGUUGGCCAGGGACGAUCGUGGGGGUACGGAAAGACACGGCUCUGGUCUCUACGUGGCUCGUGGGUGGGGACAACUGACAGCUUGGAUAAAAGAAACCCUCCUGGUGGGGCUGACGCGGAGGGCAGGAACGCAGCACGAAGGAGGCGGGGUUGCUUAGCUGACAUCCCGAAGGCAACAGUUCUGUAUGCUCAGACAAGUCGUACCCUCCGAAGUGCACGGCUUUUGCUAGACUUUGGAGUUCUUCAAAUCACCACAGAGACAAACGGUGGCUUUUGAGGUUACGUCGUCGCGAAGUGUCAAGUGAAGUGUGAUCUCACGGUGUUACUAGACAUUUUUACCAAAUACGGAGGUUAGCUUUUUACUAUUUAUACGUCCACCGCGACGCGAAGGAUUGAUAAAUUUCUAGGCAACGUCUAUAAGAGCGAUUACUCAAGAUUACUCACCUGUUCAGAAUAGCAGUCCAUAACAAAGUAAAGCCUUCAUGUACUGAAGCGGUGUAUUUAUUGUAAACUAAAGAUUUGACUAUCGUCAAGAUGCAGGCGCAACCCGUGUCCUUGCAAGCACAACGUGUUCAGGGUCUCUAUCUCCUGGGUGACAGUUCUGGUAUACCUCACAGUGCUGGCAGUUCAGCCAGUAAUUCUCCAGAUCACUACGAACGUUUCUCACCACCAACACAUUUAAUGGAUCUGAGUAAUCCACCCGAGCACCGGGUACUGCCAGGACUUCACAAUCAUCACCAGGUCUAUCCUCAAGGAUACUACAGUGUCGUUUACGAUAACAUGGAUGAGAAGCGUUAUCAGGAACAACAUAAAAUGCUCUACGAGCGGGAUCUCCAGGGUGAUUACGAGCGUCGUCUACACGAUCAGUCUCCAAGUUUUCUCUCGGAUCACAGUCACAGCAGGGAUCACGAGCAAAGUCUCUAUCUGACACCAUCUCCACAGAUGUAUUCCUCCGGUGAAGAAAUGACAACGGCACAUCAUCCAGCUGCUUAUCAUCAAACCCAGGAUUACAAUAAGCACGACGUGGUAGACUACAAACCCGAUGCGACGGACUACAAAUCCGAGGUAGUAGAAUUUAAGGCGGAGAUGCCAGUUGUCGUGGAGCCUUCGUCGACGAAACACUUCGUAGACACGACGAGGGGUGUCACUGCUAAGAGGAAGCGUAAAUCCAGCGUCGACAACAGCAACGAAUCAGAAGGUGAAUCGACAUCGGGUACGAAAGUCAAAGUGCGCAGAAAGAGCGGUGCUACUUACGAGGAAAUUCAAAAUCAACGUGUAAUGGCGAACGUGAGAGAACGUCAGAGGACGCAAAGUUUGAACGAGGCUUUUGCUGCCCUUCGAAAAAUCAUACCAACCUUGCCCAGUGACAAGCUGAGUAAAAUACAGACACUGAAAUUGGCCACGAGGUAUAUCGACUUCCUGUACCAAGUGCUGCACUGCAAUAUGGAAAACACCGAUGGCUCUGAAGAUACAAACGGCGAACGCAGUCCGAGAAGCGCAGUAUUGGCUGCGCGUGAAAUCACCUCUUCGUCCUGCAGCUAUAUGGCGCAUGAAAAAUUAUCAUACGCAUUCAGCGUAUGGCGAAUGGAAGGCGAUUGGAAUUCGAAUCUUUAAGUGGUUCCUUUUUUUAACAACAAAGGUAACCCGCACGAAAGAUGAAGUGGUUUGUACCAAAGUGGAAUGAAGAUAUACAUAUGUAAAAUUUUAUAAUAUUAGAACGCGUAGAUGUAUAUGAGGAUAGCGACACACUAUCAGUAAAAUUUCUUAUUUUCGCUGGUACGAAAAUUUCGAAAUGGCUUUUAACAAUAAGCGUCGUAUUAUUCGCAGAAAAAUUUUUUCAUGGAAUUGAGAAAAUUUCAUAUUUUCCUACAAUGAGAAAAUUGUCUGCAACAAAAAAAUCGUGGCAAUUCGUUAAUUUGUGAACAAUACAUUUCUGCAUCGAUUUAUCCAAUCGAUCCAUUAUAAUGAUAAUAUUUCUAUUAAAUUGAAAUUCUUAUUCAAUCACACUCGAAGCCUUCUCAGUUCCAUGAUAGAGACGUAUAUCGCAAAAUUUCGCAAAAUUCCAUCUUAAACGAUACUAUAAAACAACCCCUGAACUUCAACGACACCCGGUAUCUAUCUUUCCCCUCAGCUGUCCGCCCAUUUCGAAUAAACUAAUAAUUUAUGUUUCCUCGGAGGUCUAUUAAGUCGCGCCGGCGACUACUUCGCACUCGACCAACCCCCCUCUCGGUCCCCUCAACCAACCACAACACGUGGAUCCACAUAAUUUCGCAUGUUUCCCAAGCGCGAAGAUUUGCGCAAAGCGCGGAUAACCAGCACCCAUAAAUUCACUUAUUAGUGACCCGUCCGUUGCUCAAGUCUCGUUUAAGGAGCGUUCACACACAGCGAAGAAUGAAAUACCAACCGUAGAAUUAAGUAUCCGGUCGUUAUCGAUGUUUCCCUUAUAGAAUGUACAUGCAGAACAUUUCAUUGUCGCCACUUGAGUACGACCUAUAGACCUCUUGAGGCUUGCUUAGUUACAACCCUGGGAUUUCCCUUUGACUGGUAUAUAUACACACCUACAAGGCUUAAGAAAAAGUAAUUAUUCUUCAAAUUUUCUAAGCGUGUCCCUUUUACUGUCCAACCAGUCCCGUUAUACUACAAUUUAUGGCAGUCCACUUCCCUGAGACACGUAUCAGAUUUCGUUCGGUAUAAUCGCGAAUCGAGUAUAGGCAAAUCUACGGUAGUACGUUAUGGGAUAUACUAACAUUACACGUAGAUAUUACGAAUGAAUUUUUCAAGACGACGUUAGUCACUUACAAAAUUCUUACAAGGGUGACCCGUGGAGAGAGACAGAGGGGCAAGGGGGUGUUCGUCAGCCAAGGGAUCCGUAAGGAAAACAACGUAAAAAAUUAACGAGCAUUUUGGCGCCCAUCGCUACCCGUCCCGACGCUCGGGCACAAUAUUAUUUUUUUUCCCCCCCCUAAGAUGACAGCAGCCUUCGCCCAGUAUAGAAAAGACGUACUUCCACAUGAUCCAUACUGCAUAGGACUGGUAAAGCAUCACCCUCCUUAUUUCGGCUUUAUUUACAACCACAGUUUCUGUCUUUUGCUUGUUGCUUGGAGAGAUGACUUCUACACGAUUAUGAGAUCGACGCCUGGCGUCGAUACGUAUACCCAUGGCAUAUCCCCCCCCUCCUCUACUCCAGUUUUGUAUGCCUACGUCCCUGCGUACACGACCGUGUGAAUAUUUCGGAUGGAGUUAGUUAUUUUAAACCAGCCAAAGCAAACUCUAGAGACGCGUUUGACUCGCUUAACGAAGACACGCCACGUUAGGGCCACGACUCGACUUUAUUACCGCGAUGAAUCUGAAGGAGAAAGAAUGAGAAGGGGCGAAGGAGAGAGGGGGUAGAAAAAAAAGGAGGGAAAAAAUAGCGGGAAAGUUUGAAGUAUAUAUGUGGAUAUAUUCGAUGCUUAACGGUCCUGACUUUGUGUAUGACCGGAAACGGUGACCUUAUUGCACAGCGAGGUUGCGUAUCUCUUCCUGCUUUUGAUGUAUCUCGAUUAACUCGUUUACUCCCUUUGGAAUUUAUAGUACGUGAAUUUGUGCUUGAACUUUUUCCCUUUGUCCUCUUUGAUUUUAUACUCCUUACGCAGUACCGCAUUUAACUAAUAGGUAUCGUAAAUCUCUUUGGAUUCAAUUAGGGGAGAUAUUCGAGUCGACGUCGUAACCUCUCGAACCCCCUGAACCUACUGGAAGACGUCUCGGGGCGUCGCGGUGUUAUAAAAACAAACUUACUACGAUCCCCUUUCGCUUUGCGCCGUGUUGCGCAUCUACUGGACUUGGAUGGACUCAAAGGAGAGACUGGUGGUGUAAUUUUUUUGGGGGAAUCUUUUUUGCCGUUAUUUUCCAUUUUUCGUCUUGAUCUCUGACCCGCUUUUCUUUUUUUUUUUUUCGCAUUUUUUCUUUGGAUCUUAAACCAGUUCUCUCUUUCUCUUGGCAUUCGUAAUCCCGCCAAAGACCAUGUAACGAAUGGACUGGCAUUUGUCUACAUGUUGGAUACGCAAUCGAGUACCAUACUUCUUGGACACCCUAUAGAUAUAAAGCGUAUGUAUCCGCGGCUCUGGUAAAAAGAAAAAUAUCAGAAAAGAAACGUGACAGCUGCGUUACUUCGUGGGGGCCUAGACAACCUUCUGAGUUGAUAAAACGGACAGUCGAGCCAAUUUCAAAAAAUCUCUUAUAAUCAUCCGGCACUUAGUGUAAAUAAUACAUUUUCUGACAUAUUAGUAAUGUCUAGAAGUUACAGGAAGAAGUGAAAAAUAGAAAAGUAUUACGAAACCACCUUGUGGACCGACUACAUAGAAAUUGAAGAGACAAACGAUGAAAUUGAAUUAGCACUCAAAAUGAGCCCACCUAGUAUUACCCGUAGAAAGAUAAUCCCAGUAUACGACAUAUUUAUUUAGUAUUUCGCGAAUUAUGGCUCUGGUGAUUAUUUUCUAUAAUUUUACUUCGUUUAUCAAGCUAUUCAAUCGAUGCAGUAAAAGCAGCUUUCAAUUAGAUCGAUUGAAAGUUUAUUAAUAAAUCAUGUGUAUCGAUUAGCUCUGGAAGCACAAAGACGGUUACGCCGUCUAACGUUCUGUCCCUAGUCUUAAGUUAAGUUUAAAUGGCGGCAAAUUUAAAUCUGUAAUCCAACAUUGGUCAAGUGCCUUAAACGUGCCUUGGCUCAUACAGCUAAAACACCAAAGAUUAACUGUACAUACACCUGUACUACCCUAUAUGAGACUUGAAAAUUAAUAUUUUUUCGACUAUCCGUUAAAAACCGGAUAUCCCGGACUAUGAUAUGUAUAUUUUGCUACGAGAGUUUAUCAGUGCCUUAAGACUGUACAUACAGUUAUACGUGUAUCAAUGUAUAUUUCGCAGCGUUUUAACAUUAUUAAGUAUAUCACUUAUAGUAUUAUAAGACUACGACUUUGUGGUGCACAUCGGUGGGCCGGAUAAUGCAAUAAUUUAUUACAUUACAAAGCAGAGCGAGCAGAUCGUCCAUAUGCAUUACAAUGAAAAAAAAAGAUCUUUCGUUUUCUUUUUUUCUUUCACUCUCAAAAGUGUCUCAUUGGUACUUUCAACUUGACCCGCGUCCAAUUUGCCACUGUCAAUUUUCGAUCAGGCUGUAAAUAACCAACGCUAUUGAUGCGCACCGCUUACUUUCAACGUUAUACAAUUGUACAUAAAUGUUACUAUAAGACAAGCGUCUAAUUUUAAGCUGUAGUCGAAAUUAGGUGUAUUCAUUCCGCCGUUAUUGUCGCCGUGCAUCUCGUACAGAGCACGUUGCUACGUCGCCUUCGUAUAAGAUGAUUGAUAUACACGUUUAUAUAUUGUACAGUAUUUUUAUAUCAGGUUCGU